CCGGCUUUUUUUCCUGGUAUAAAAGCGGGGUUAAGCUCGUAGACAGCCGAGGAAAUUCUCACUUUCCUUCCCGGCAGUUGCAGUCCGGUUACUGACAAGAUCUUCCAGCCAACAGGUGAACUAGAAGGCCUCCUCAGGUUCUCUGGUGCUACAGAUCAGUCAACCUCAGCAGCUCAGCCUUAAACCCCACCACUAUCUGCCUCCUCAGCACUGUAACCAAGCCAACCUAAAGCCUCCAAGAUGAUGCAGAUCAGCAGCAACUCGGCCAGCAACAAGCACUCGCUCAUUAACGUCAUGCACCGCUUCAUAGCAGCAGCCAACAACAUGGACGAGACCAUCAUGGUGCCCAGCCUGCUGCGAGACUUGCCCCUGGAGGAGCAGGCAGCCAACCAGGUGGAGACCAACAAUAACGAGCCAUCGUGUGCCAACAAGCAGAGGGACAUGUAUGAGCACUAUCUGCUCCUCAAGUCCAUAAAGAACGACAUGGAGUGGGGUCUACUGAAAAAGGAGAUGAGCAGCGGCGCCAGCUUCCUGGAGAUGGCUGUGAAGCAGGAGCAGCAGCAGCAGCCUUUGAUGGCGGCAGAGGACAACACCGACCUGGAGCACCAGUUUCAUUAUCACCUCAGAGGACUGUUUGGAGUUUUGUCCAAGCUCACCAUGCGGGCGGACCACCUCACCAACAGAUACAAGAGGGAGAUCGGAGGUGGAAACUUCAUGAGAUAGACAUCUACCCCUCUCUAUCUCUGAACUGAUGUUUUUGUAAUGUGGACAGUGAACUGAUCGGGGCAUCCAUCCUCUCACUCCUUUACUAGCACUCCUCCCCCUCACCUGAAACCAGUGAUGCCUGAACCCGUCGUCCUGACUGUCUGCUUGGUGGAGGUUUGCUGACCUUCAGCCAGACUAAAGCGCAGCUCUGCAGAACUCUUCACAUGGUCCUUUCACACUUAAGCUGUCAGAGUUGUUUGAAUAAAAGGUUCGUCCGCAGGAGAUGUUGAAUGCUGGUUAUUCUGCCCCUCCUUUUUAAAUCGUGAUUUCCCAAACGCAGCCCUGAUACCUGCUGAAUUCCUCACUUGUUGUGCCUUGGCAUAUUUUAUUUUUCUACACCUGCAUGCCCUGAUCAGCUCACAGUGGCUCAUCUGUAAAUUUUAAAAACGGAUUUUAUAUUUUAAUGCAACUGAAAUAAAACUAUAAAUAACAA